ACGGGAGAGAUGGUGAGAGAGAGAGAGAGAAAGAGAGAGAGAGAUGCUCUUUACCCGUCGUGAAGUUCAAAAAUUUCGAUAAUCGUUGUCAAGUCUGCAUCUUUGGACAGCCACUUUGAUCUUAGAGUUCUCUCUCGGAUUCUCCAAUCCAUAUACAGGUUCUGCAAAUCGAUUUUUGUUGUUGAUAAAAGAUGUUUGGGCUUUUCAAAUCGCCGGGAAACAAGCUUCCAAACGAAUCGAACGGCAAGGGGACGAUAAACGAGGGGAGACGAACUUCCUCAGAGCCUAUCCUUAUGAUCCCGGAGUUCGGCAGGGAAGAUUAUUACAAGAGCGAGUUCCGAGACUCUGGUGGAUUGCAGAGCCAGACUACAGAAGAACUCGAGAACUAUGCAGUGUACAAGGCCGAGGAAACGACCAAGAACGUUAACAACUGUCUGAAAAUCGCGGAAGAUAUAAGAUCAGAUGCCACGAGAACGCUCGAUAUGUUGCAUCAGCAAGGCGAACAGAUCAACAGAACUCAUGUCAUGGCGAUUGAGAUGGAUAAAGAUCUCAGCCGGGGUGAGAAGCUUCUGAACAACCUGGGAGGAAUGUUCUCCAAGCCAUGGAAGCCGAAGAAGAACAAACAAAUCACGGGGCCUAUGAUCACUCCCGAUAAUCCGAGCAAACAGAGCGAGAAUCGCAAGGAGCAGAGAGAAAAACUUGGUCUGGUUCCCGCAGGAAACAAAGGCAGAUCACACAGCCAAACUCCACCUCCAGAACCAACCAAUGCGCUGCAGAGAGUCGAGCAAGAGAAGGCUAAGCAAGAAGAUGGACUGUCUGAUUUAAACGACAUCCUGGGAGAUAUGAAGAGCAUGGCUGUCGACAUGGGAAGUGAACUCGACAGGCCCUUGAUCAUCUCAGCGACGAUGUUGAUGAACUCAACUCUCGCGUCAAAGGCGCUAAUCAACGUGCUCGUCAUUUGCUUUCUAAAUGAGACACACAUACAUACACAUACAAAAUCAUAACUUUUGUCAAUAUACGUGUAUAGAUACACGUACUUUUGUAUAUUUUUCUUGCCCAUCUCUUCCUUUUUUUUUCUUGGGAUAAUAUUCUGCUGUAACUCUUUCAAGUUUUCCGGCAUUGAUAGCUUUCAUGUAUACGUGUAACUUUUUUUUUUUUGCAUUAGGAGUUAUAUUCGCCAUA